AUGAGCGGCUACACCGACUCGAUAUGCGUGUUCUGCGGCUCUUCGCCCGGAAGCAAGCCCGAAUACAUGGCGGCGGCGGCCAGCGUCGGCCAUGCCAUCGCCAAGCACAACUAUCGUCUAGUCUACGGCGGUGGCUCCCGCGGAUGCAUGAGCGGCGUCUCUCAGGCCGUGUUCGAAGCGGGUGGACAUGUCCUCGGUGUCAUCCCUCAAGUCAUGGCCACCACCGUUCCCUCUGGUCACCCUGGUCACAAGUCCGGUGGAGCGACUGUCGUGUCCAAGGAAGGCACCGGUCCUACCGUCCACAACCCGGACGCCGGCUCAGGUCUAGCCGAGACCGUGGUGGUGCAGUCCAUGCACGAGAGGAAGCAGCGUAUGGCUGCGGAGAGUAACUUGGGCUUCAUCGGCCUUCCAGGUGGGUACGGCACGUUUGAAGAGGUCAUGGAGAUGGUCACUUGGACGCAGCUGGGCAUUCACCGCAAGCCCAUGGUGCUACUCAACGUCAACGGCUUCUACACUCCUAUGAAGCAGCAGAUCGAUCUGGCUGUUGAAGAGGGCUUUAUCUCCAAGGCUGGGCAGCAGCUCAUCAGUGUGGUGGACUGCGACGCUUCCAACAUUGCUGCGUGCGGUGACGCUGUGCUCGCCGAGGCUGUGCGUCUCGCCAAAGAGGUUUCUUCCAGCGGAUCCGGCUACUGGGACUGGAACAAGCCGCAAGGACCCGUCAGCACUGCCGAAGGUGGCGUCAUCGACGACGCUGCCAACAAACCUCUCCAGCUCGCCGAUGGUGAACAACUGGCGGUGGAAGUGUCCAACCUUACGUUUAGCUUCAACCCGGACAUCCCCCCUUCUCUCGAACGCUGCAAUCUGCACCUCAAGCGCGGCUCGCGCUGUCUAUUGAUUGGUGCCAACGGUGCAGGCAAAUCGACGCUGUUGCGCUUGCUUGCUGGAAAGAAGCUGUGCGACUCGAAGGUGCGCGUAUUCGGUAAGGAUGUGUUCCGCGACUCUCCCUCGGGCGUCACGUAUCUCGGCACCGAGUGGGCGAUGAAUCCCGUGGUGCGCUCCGACAUCGUCGUUUCCACCUUCCUGGACUCCGUGGGAGGCUACCGUCACAAGGCGCGUCGCGAUCGUCUGCUCGAUAUUUUGGAUGUUGACCUCACGUGGCACAUGCAUGCUAUCUCGGACGGCGAGCGACGACGUGUCCAGCUUUGCAUGGGGUUGAUGGAGCCCUGGGACCUGCUGUUGCUCGACGAAGUGACUGUGGAUCUCGAUGUGCAAGUCCGUGCGGAUCUGCUCGACUUUUUGCAGCAAGAGACGGAGGAGAGGGGCGCGACGAUCAUCUACGCUACACACAUCUUUGAUGGGCUUCAGAGCUUCCCGACGCACUUGGCGCACAUGCGGCUGGGCACCACGACGACGACGCUCCCCAUCGAUUGGCCCGCGACCAAUCCGGCCGACAUCGCUGCUCUGCCUCCGACGGCAAGUGCGGAUAAGGACAGGGACCUGUCACCCCUGCUCAAUGUCUCCUUGGCUUGGCUGAGGGAGGACAAGGUAGUCAGGGCGGAGGAGGAGUCCAAACGUGGAAGGACCAGAGGUGCGAACAGAAAAAACGAGACGACCGACUCGGAGAAGUUUUUCAGCAAGUACGAUUACUCACAGACUGUUACUCGUUAA